UUUCUUCUCCUCUGCUUCAGCUUUGGCUUAGCAGCAAGCACGUUCUGAAGCGUUUUUCUUGUUAAUUUUUGUUGGGUGAUGACUUUACAUUCAUGGUUUCUGAGGUUUUACUGUUUGGUUCAUGAGAAUUGUUGAGAUAGCUGAGGGAUCCCUUCUUGGGUUAGCGAUAUAAAUGCUUUUUGAUACCAUUGAUAAUCAUUUUCUUGGGGCUGCAUACAAGUUGAGUGUUGCUGUUUUGAGGUACUAGGUUUGGUGGUUUGUUCUUUUAGGACCCAUUGUAACUGUUCCAGCAGGAUAUGACUGGACUUCUGAGGAAGUUCUUGCCUUUUGUUGUUAGUACAGUCCCUAAAGAAGAAGAUGACGAUGGAGAUUUUAGCCUUGAGUACUCCAUCGCUUUGGAGUACAAAGGCCCUCUUGUCUCUUGUGAUAUUCCUCAAGCUCUACCCGUCACCAUCGACGAGAUCCCAACGGCUGCUGUUUUUCCAGCAGAAUCGAUGUCGCUGGACUGGUCAUUGCCGAUCAUUCAGCCCAUUAGGAAGACCGAUUUCAACCAGAAAUUGUUCAAGGAGUUGAGAAUAACCAAAGAGGUAUUCUUUUCAGCUCAUUCAAUUGUGCUGUCAGUCGGUAAUGCGGGCUCUGGCACUCGCGCGCUUGGCAUUGGAAACGAUACCUCACUUAAAUCAGCAGGCGAGGUAGAUAGUUCUAGAGGUAGUGACCAUGAGGAUGCACGUGUUUACGUGCCAUCUGAUUCAGUCGAGGGUGAGAGGAACAUUAUAUCUGAAAUCCCGCAUUUGCCGGGAUCACCUGAUGAUUUUGCGGAAGCCAAUAUGCAAAUGCAAUCUGCAGAUUCCACUCCUCCCCGCCUGUCCUCGAGCAAUUUGUCCCAAAGGGAGGAACAUUCUGAUAAUGAAAUGCCCCACCACGUCAAGAAACCAUCUACUGUCACUUUCAGAGAUCCGGACUCAGCUGAUGUUUUCGAUGAAGAAUCAGUUUUUAUGGAGGUCGACAGUUUCCCUGUGAAGCAAAGAGCUGAAAAUAAUGGAAAGAAAGGGUCAUGCUACCGCUGCUUUAAAGGGAAUAGAUUCACAGAGAAAGAAGUUUGCAUUGUUUGCGAUGCAAAGUAUUGUCAGAGAUGUGUAUUAAGAGCUAUGGGAUCAAUGCCUGAAGGCAGAAAAUGUGUCACCUGCAUAGGCUUUAGGAUCGAUGAAAUGAAGCGAAGUAACUUGGGGAAAUGUUCUAGAAUGCUAAAGUGGCUCUUGUCAGAAUCAGAAAUUAAGCAAAUAAUGAGUUCUGAGGUAUCGUGCCCAGCAAAUCAAAUCCCUCCAGACCUUGUUUAUGUGAAUGAUGAGGCUCUUGAUCAUAAAGAGUUGCUUCUGCUGCGGAGCUGCCCAAAUCCUCCGAAAAAGCUAAGGCCAGGACGCUACUGGUAUGAUAAAGUAGCUGGGUUUUGGGGUAAGGAGGGGCAGAAACCAUGCCAAAUAAUCAGUGCCCACUUAAAUUUUGGGGGUUCCAUUAAAAAAAACGCUAGCAACGGAAACACCGAUGUAUUGAUUAACGGCAGGGAAAUUACGAAAGAAGAAGUUUGGAUGCUCAAGUCAGCUGGAGCUCCGUGUGAAGGAAAACCUCAUUUUUGGGUGAAUGCAGAUGGAUCCUAUCUGGAAGAGGGGCAGAAGAAUCCUAAAGGCUGUAUAUGGGACAAGACUAAGACAAAGCUACUCUGUGCAAUCUUGUCUUUGCCAAUUCCUCUGGAUAAUGCAAAAUCUGGGGAAGAAACGACCAGAGACAGCCCUGGCCAGAAUGAUCUUCAUCGCAAACUGCUUCUGGUUGGCUUUGAUAAAUCUGGCACAAGCACUAUAUUCAAGCAGGCCAAGAUUCUGUAUGGUGUCCCCUUCUCUGAAGAUGAACGUAAAAAAAUUAAGUUAAUGAUCCAGAGCAAUCUAUACUGCUAUCUGGGCAUACUGCUCGAAGGACGUGAGAGAUUUGAAGAGGAAACUGUGAAGGGGAAGGGGAAAAGCCUGUUAAUUGACCAACCCAGUUCUUCGGGGCAUAAACGGUUUGAAAGAGGAAGCUCAAGGGAGAAGGGAAAAGGACUGACGAUUGAUAGAUGCCGCUCUUCAGCUGGACUAAUUACUAAUCAAUUGACAGAGAAAAUGUAUCCGAAGGAAACUAAGUUGAGCUAUUCCAUGGACUCAAAGCUGAAAGCAUUUUCGGAUUGGCUUCUCAAGGUAAUAGCAUCUGGUAAUCUAGAAGCCAUCGUUCUUUCAGUCAGUCAGGCAUACUCACCUCUUAUUGAGGAACUGUGGAAGGAUGAAGCCAUUCAAGCCACAUACAACCGAAGGAACGAGUUAGAAAACCUCCCUAGAGUGGCUACAUAUUUUCUGGAGCGGGCUGUUGAGGUUUCAAAAGAAGAGUACGAGCCCUCCGAUAUGGAUAUUCUGUAUGCAGAGGGAAUCACCUCUUCUAAUGGUCUUGCAAGCAUGGAAUUUUCAUUUCCCACGCCAGCAAAAUUAGAUGAAUACAUAGACCCCAUUGAUCAGCACUACAGCAUGAUGAGGUACCAACUCAUCAGGGUGCAUCCCAGAAGCCUGGGGGAAAACUGCAAGUGGUUGGAGAUGUUUGAGGAUGUUGAUAUCGUCUUGUUCUGCGUGUCAUUGACAGACUACGACGAGUUCUAUGAGGACAAUAGAGGAUUACUGAUAAACAAGAUGAUGGCAAGCAAGCAGCUUUUCGAAAGCAUCGUCACUCAUCCGACCUUUUAUAAAAAGGACUUCCUUUUGAUUAUGAACAAGUUUGAUCUUCUCGAAGAAAAGAUCGAACAGUCUCCUCUAACUCAAUGUGAAUGGUUUCGUGAUUUCCAUCCCGUCAUCAGCCAUAACCACAAUGUCGGGACUUAUGUCAAUCCGGCUCCUUCAUUGGCGCAACGUGCUUUCCACUACAUGGCGGUGAAGUUCAAACGGCUCUUCCAUUCACUUACCGAACGCAACCUGUAUGCUUCCCUAGUUACAGGACUUGAGCAGGAUACUGUAGAUGAAUCUCUCAAGUACGCGAGGGAGAUUGUGAAUUGGGACGAAGAAGAUUUCACUUUCAUCAAUGAGGAAUCUUCUGCAAGUUUGGAGGCAAGCUCAUCUUAGUUUUUUUUUUUUUCUCUUGUUAAUCUCACAAUCGGCGACAAUCUGGUUAUGCCUAAUUAAGAAGGCGUGGCUUCAUAAACUUUAGCCGAUGUACACUGGCACCUCGGUAAAUCAUGUGAAAUGAAAUAGCUUCGAUUUUUUGUUCUUUCUUGUGAUGCUUUCAGAAGAUGUACUCCUGUAAAUGUAGAAUGAAAUGCGUCUCUUAUACUAAACUGUUCUCUGGAUGAACACAUGAAAGAACUAUUUUGGCCAUAUCGUUUUCCGUAUUGAUCGUAGGAACGGGGUAUAUAUUUGAAUAGAGUUGCAGAUUC